UGCGGGCGGCGUUGGCGCUAUCUGAUCUGUCGCCACCAGUUGUUUUCUUCAUGCGCCACCCUGUAUGACCCUGCGCCCGCUUGUCGCGACAGCGCCUGCAGCGACUGGUGAUAACCUGAGUCCCUGACCCAACGCCGGAGAGUGAAAUGAAAACGCUGACCUCCCGAGCCUUCCGGACCCGCGAUCGUGUGUGGAAGCCCGAGCCGGCCCUACUGCCUCCUGGGUGACGCACGGCCUCCAUCCGCCGAGACAGAUGGCCCCACGCCAAGUGCCGCAUCAGCUCCCCUGGAGGGAUGUCCACCCCUUCUUCCUCCUGUCCCCGCUGAUGGCCCUUCUCAGCCGGGCCUGGAGCCGGCUGAGGGGCCCAGGACCUCCAAAGCCCUGGCUGGCGGAAGCGGUACAGAGUGCAGAUCAGGGAGAAGCUGCCCUGCAGGGAGAAGCUGAGGCUGCUUUGGCCACUCGCUAUGCCCCCUGGGGCGGACACCCUCCAGGGGUGGCUGAAGGCAGUGGAGCCCCUGUGGAGGAUGGAGAAUCUUCCUGGAAGGCCUGCCCUGCCUUAAAAGCCAACAGUUCUCUUCUGGAAGCCUGGGAACCUUCAGAUGAUAAUGACGAAGAGUAUGGUGGGGAAGAAGCAACCAGUGGCCCCACAGAACACGGAAGUGAAUAUACAGACGGCCAGCUCGCUCCCCCGUCCCCCAGCCUCCUGAAAACUCUGCAAGACCCUCCCAGGGAAGAGGAAUCUGAAGAAGGAGGAGUUGCUGAAGAUACAGCCAUCAUGUUCUCUUUCCCUCCAUCACACUGGGAGAGUGGCCCAGGGAUGGAGGAGGAGGAAGAUGGAGAAGCUGUAAGUCAGGAAGCUCCCAUCAUGUCUACUUCCCCCUUAUCUCCAGGACCCAAGCCCAGAGCUCGGGGGUAUUGCGCAGGGGAGGCACAGGCUCCAGCGAAGGAGGAAGAACGAACAGAGAAUAAAGAAACCAGGAAGACCUCCACUUUCUCCUCAUGUGCUGGCUCCCACCCCAGCGCCUGGGAGUGCUAUUCAGGAGAAGAGUCUGAGGAGGAGGGAGAAGCUGAGGGUCCCUCUUCCAUCUCUCCCACAAGCACCUUCUUGAGGGCCUGGGUGUACAGACCAGGAGAGGACACAGAGGAUGAGGAAGAAGAAGGGGAAGACAAUGAUUCAGGAACAGCUGAGGAGGAGGGAGGAGCAGAGGGUCCCUCUUCCAUCUCUCCUACAAGCACCUUCUUGAGGGCCUGGGUGUACAGACCAGGAGAGGACACAGAGGAUGAGGAGGAAGAAGAGGAAGACAGUGAUUCAGGAGCAGCUGAGGAGGAGGGAGAAGCUGAAGUUUCCUCUUCCAUCCCCCCAACAAGUACCCUCUUGAGGGCCUGGGUGUACAGACCAGGAGAGGACACAGAGGAUGAGGAAGAAGAAGGGGAAGACAGUGAUUCAGGAGCAUCUGAGGACGAGGGAGAAGCUGAGGGUCCCUUUUCCAUCCCUCCCACAAAUACCUUCUUGAGGGCCUGGGUGUACAGACCAGGAGAGGACACAGAGGAUGAGGAGGAAGAAGAGGAAGACAGUGAUUCAGGAGAAGCUGAAGUUUCCUCUUCCAUCCCCCCAACAAGUACCCUCUUGAGGGCCUGGGUGUACAGACCAGGAGAGGACACAGAGGAUGAGGAAGAAGAAGGGGAAGACAGUGAUUCAGGAGCAUCUGAAGACGAGGGAGAAGCUGAGGGUCCCUCUUCCAUUCCCCCAACAAGUACCUUCUUGAGGGCCUGGGUGUACAGACCAGGAGAGGACACAGAGGAUGAGGAGGAAGAAGAGGAAGACAGCAAUUCAGGAGCAGCUGAGGAGGAGGGAGAAGCUGAGGGUCCCUCUUCCAUAUCCCCUGCAAGUGCCUUCUUGAGGUCCUGGGUGUACCGACCAGGAGAGGACUCAGAGGAGGAAGAUGAGGAGAAUGAGAAAGAUGGCUCAGAAGCAGCUGGCUCAGAGCCAGGUUCUUCCAUUCAGGCCCAGAGUUCCUUCUUCAGGGGCCCAAGAUCUGCACCUGGAAAGGAGACAGAGGAAGGAGAAGCUGAGCCCCACCCCUUCCGAGUGGCCAUCUAUUUGCCUGGAGAGAAGCCACCACCUCCCUGGGCUCUUCCUCGGUUGCCUGCUCGACUGCAAAGGCGGCUCAAGUCUGCAGAAGCCCCCACCCGACAUCUGGACCCUGAGACCCCCCAAAAGACCACAAAGGUGCGCUUCUCUGAGAAGGUCUCCAUCCACUUCCUGGUUGUCUGGGCUGGACCCGCCCAGGCUGCCCGGCAAGGCCCCUGGGAGCAACUCGCCCGAGAUCGCAGCCGCUUUGCUCGCCGAAUUGCACAGGCUGAGGAGGUGCUGGGCCCCUGCUUCACUCCUGCAGCCCGUGCCAAGGCCUGGGCACGCCCCAGGGACCCUUCCCCUCCUCCUCCUCCUCCAGCUGCCACACCUGCCACUACCCAGACCUUGCCCACAUCCUCUGUCCAGGCCACGCCCUUGAGCCAUGCUGUGAUUUCUCCCUUCCCUAUUUAUGUGGCUGCGCCUCCUUGCCUAGACCUCAGCUGGAGGCGUAGCUAGGGUCAUGUGGUGUUUGUUACUAUUUAUUUAUUUUUUACCAGCUGGUUUAAGAAAUAAAGCCUUUGGAUUUAUACUGAA